GUGCGAAGCCUGGUUCCUGCAAGCAAGUCAACCAUUAUCGCCCAAGAUCAUGGCAUCUUCCUACAUGGUCGUCUUUGCACUUGCACUUUUAGUUGAGUUGACUACAGCUUUGCCCAAACUUAGGCUGGACGAAGAACGUACAGACCAAGAUAGACUAGUGUCGAUAGCAGGAGAAGACGAUGCAAGCGAAAUUGAACCUGGGCAUCUCACCUUCAGAGGACACCCCAUCAUAGAAGGCAGAUUGGUGGACGAAGACGGGACAAAACGCAUCUUCAUACUUGGUGACACAGGAAUAAAAGGGUCUCUUGAGAGGGAAGCAAACCUUGCCUUUUCAAGAACCUUCCCUGUCCUGCCGCGUGGGAUGGAUCAUGCUCCGGAUGGAUACAACAUGAGGGAUGAGCGACGUAGCACAGACGAUGUUAUUCCCGUAGGCAGGAGGGACAUAGACAUGCUGAGGUGCAUGAUAGGGAGAGUAUACAGGCCCUGCUGGCAAGCUUGAGAACGAAGCAGCUGAAAAAGCACCUGCAUGUUUUUCCCAGCACUCUCUGAUGCUGCAAGAUACUCUGGAUACGAAAGAUGACAAACACACACGUAUGAUUUAAAAAGAAUUUAAAUAAAAAUGUAUUCAAAUCUGCAAAA